AUGUCAGGCCUUCUCUCAAUUGAGUCGCAGCUCGUCAGCACCGCGCAGCGCCACUUCCACAUCCGUUGUGGCCAUGUACAGUCUCGGCGCGGUGACGGUUGGUUGCUGGUCUCUUUUUCGCCUCUUGGGCCCGAUACCAGACUAGAGCUGGAGGUGCAGGCACUAUGCAGCGCGCUUGUGCGCGAUGUCACUGGCAGCCGCGUUGCCUCAGUGCGACUCACCGGCGAGGAUAAAGAGACACAGUUUGGGAAGUUGGCGGACAAGAGUGUCUCCUUCGCAAAACUGCUGCGCAAAUCGGGUGUGUCGUUGGACGUAGGCAGUGAUCCAGGCAAGGACGACGAUGGCAGCGCGAGUGUGGAUGCACUGCCAAACGCUCCUGGUGUGGCGGAGAUGGUAGAGAUGCUCUACCACGAUGUCGUGGCAGAGUCAAAGCAGGGCGCACGCGCCAUUGUGCAGUUUCCGUCCCUUCUGUGCCCUCAGGGGACCCGCUGCGACGUUGUGCUGCAAGGCGCGAUCUGCGUGAAAGCGUUUUCGAAGACUGCCUUGCCCGUUGAGGAGGACGUGGGAUCUGCCACUUCGACGGUCACGGUGACCGCUAAUGCCGACGGCGACACGGAUGACGAAGCCGAGCCGCUUGGCGAUGCGGCUGACGGUGCGCAUGCGCCCCACCGCUCUCGCGCUUCGGAAUUGGAGGAUAAGGCGGCGGCCGCGGCGCCGAGGUCCACUACGAAUGGUAGGGCUUUCCGCAGCCGGGGUGACUCGAUGUGGCAAAACUCGCACAGCUCGCUGAAGCUGCCAGAAGGGGCGCUGGCGAAGGUGUGGAUCGAGACCCGCGUGUGGGCACAGGCACUCGCGUCGAAUGCCGGCACCUCUGUCGAGGCCGAACUACCAGCCGCGUGGCGUUCUAGGGCAUUCAACCUUGCCGAGGCUCCCGAGGCGCUGCGCAUGGUACACCGUGCACUGGCCCAUUACUGGAACGAAAACCGCGCCGCGAACACAGACCGCAUCAAGGUCACGACGUUGUCAUUGCUGAGCAUCGUCUUCGGUGACGUGAGGGAGUACCUGCGUGGCCAGGUGGAACUGUACAGCCCCGACUGGCGAGCACCAUGGCGGAUGCCUGUCGAGGAGCUGAGCUGCGCUGUUGACCUGUGCAAGCAGUGGAACAGGACGGUAUCGCAGUUGGUGCGGCAGGACUGGGUCGGCUGGGAGGGGCACAUGUUCCACGACGAGAGCUUCGACGCCUUUGCGCAGCGCCUGCACACGGUGCUGCGGAUUCGUGAGACGCUUGCGAGCAUGCAAGCACUGGGUGAGGCGAUUCCGGCCACUCUGCAUCCAGAGCACAUCUUCGCGGAGGUGAAUGCUGUCGACAUGCGCGGUGUGUCGGCCACAGCGUGGGAGUCACGGGUUGGGCAGUUUGAGAAGGAGUUCUCUUUUGCCGAGCCCGCCCUGCGGAACCGCGUGAAGCAACUCUUUCAAUCUCCAGCUUCGGACGUGCAGCUGCGUCUUCUGCGGAAGCACCGCUCGCUGCUGCGCCUCUGCGAGGUGCGCAGUGCUGUGACUCGAGAGAUGGACGGCGUUGCCGCGUACCUUGUCGAGCAGCUGAAUCGCGUGUACGCGCGGUUUGAGAACAACGGCCGGCGCGCGACGACGCCGCUGCAGAAGCUGCGUGCGGCGAAAGGGUGCGUGGCGGAGUGCGUGAUGGUGCCGGAGGAGGCGGCCAAGGUGUUUGGCUCCACGGAUGUGCUCACGGAGAAAGUGACGGCCCACGCGCGCGAGCUGAUCCGCAAGGCAGCUCAGGAGGAGGCGGUCAUCAUGGAGGACUGGUGUGCGUCGGUGGAAUCGACUGCAAAGAGGAUGCUCGAGCUUCGAGAUGCCGUUAUGGUGUCCAAGGUUCAGGAUGCACAACUGCAGCAGCAACGACCGUACCUGCUGACGUGCACAGUGCACCUGUCACUGCGCCAGUUCAUGCAGGAGGUGCGCAACGUGCGGGCGUGGCUGAACGAUGUCGAGGUGCGACAGGACCCGGAACGGCACCGUGGCGGCACUGGGGAUCGCGGAAACAGCGCGGCGCAAGGUAAGUCGGCGACGGCGUCGCAGCUCUGGCGGCUGAGCAGCCGCACCGAGAGCACGAUUUGCGCCUGUGAGCACCUCUGUGCCGCAGCACUGCGCACACAGCAGUGCGUCGCCAACCACAACACCGUGAUUGCGCAGAUUCUCCCGUGCACGCGCCGGAUGCUUCUUCCUGCCAUAGAAAAGAGUAUGUUGCAGUUGCUGUAUGACGACGCCGCCACGAGGGCUGUGGCCGUUGCGAAUUACCAAGAACUUGAAGGCGCGAAUCUGCGCUUCCAGAACACAAUUGAGGCCCUCAGCAACGCCAACCGGCAGGUCCGCCGUUUUCACGAGGAGUUCGGCCAGCAUGUGAUGGCCCUCAUGGGCGUCGACCUUACCUCGCACAUGGAGCAGUGGCGCAUCACCGUCGACGACCUGCGCAGCAGGAUGGAGGAUUUCCUCGCGAGGCAGCACCUGUCUGACCACGACGACUGGCGCCGGUAUUGGGAUGGGCAGAUCUACAAGGCCCUCGAGUACCAGUAUCGCCGCGGCUUGGAGAGGUUGCAUGAGGAGAUGACGGAGUUCAAGGUGGAGCUGGUACUGAGGCAGGGUAUUGUGCACUUCAAGCCCAGCUUGGAGGCCAUCCGCGAGGCCUACUACGUCAAACUACGCGAGUUUGUCAGCGUGCCGCUGCGCUUCCGCGGAUUGCAGCCCAAGCGGCAGGACGCGAGCACGCCGUAUGAGAUGUACCCUUUGAUGCCGCUCACCAACAACGACCGCAUCCUCACAGUGCACAUGAAGGCGAUGGAGCUCUUCGCGAAGCUCAACCGCGUCCGCAAAGCGUUUCGCUCGCACAUUGUCGUCGGUCUGUGCGGCAUCAACGGCUCGCCUCACCUGGACACGAUUGCGGAUGCGUGGAUGGAGAAGAUGGCCGGGAAGAUCAGCCAGGGCUUUCAUACUGUGGAGGAGCACCGGGAGAAGAUAGGCAAGAUCGAGGACGUCAUGAAGAUUGACUGUUUUGCCAUCAGCACCGUUCCGGUGCGCGCGAGCAUCGAGGAGCAUCUGCAUCGCCUGGAGGAGGCCCUCCUGAACGGAAUACGCCGCCACAUCCAAACCUCGCUGAAUGAUAUCGACGAAUUUGUACUGGGCGUGUCAAACAUUGUGGAGCGGCAACCAACGACGAUGGACGAGGUCGGAGAGGCCAAUAAGCGCUACAGGGAGUCGCUGGAGCAAGUAAGCAUCUACGAGAAGAAGCUGGAGGAGGUGCUGGAGCAGAACAAGGAGCUGCGCAACCACGUCGGCACCUCCAUCGACAUAGGCGCCACCCGCACCCGCUGGGACCACAUGAAGGACGCGAUGGCAUCUCACACGAAGGUGAUGGAGGCUGCGGUAUCGAAGAUGCGCGUCUCCCUCAACAGCCUCAUUCAGCGCUUCCUGAAGGAUGAGCAGCGUUUCGCUGACGGGUGGAAGCGGCAGAAGGCGCAGCUGAUGCAGGCCUUUCUGGGCAAGGAAACCAAGGUCAUUCACAAAGUGCUGCUAUCCCUCAAGGAUCAGCUGCAUGACUUGGCUGACCUCGAGCUCCAGGCGAAGGAGCUGGAGUCAAAGUGCGAGUUCUUUGGGCAGGUGAAGCCGGUCUUUGGAGUGCUGCGGGACACUAAGAAGGACGUGCAGGCGACGAGUGCCAUGUGGUCGCUCUACGACACCUUCGAGGCGGAGCUCGAGAAGCUGCGCGCUGAGGACUGGCUCACGUUCCGCGCGCAUACGUUUCAGUUCGAGGACUUCUGCAAGGAGUGGCGAACAAAGCUCGAGAAGAUGAAGGAGAGCAACACCGCGGCCGCGGGGGACGAGGCCGAGGAGGGCAAGAGGAGGAAGUCGAACAAGGACAGCGGCAACGCGACGAACACAGCUAACAGCGCCAACAACCCCAUCGCGGUCUAUCUGCUGAACAUGAUCUCGGACUGGGCGAAUGCGAUACCGCUCCUGAAGUUUGUUCGCGGCGAGGGGUGGAUGACGGAGCACUGGAACGAAAUGUUUCGCCUCCUCAGCAUACCCAAGGAGACGACCAGCACAAGCCUCACGUUCGGCGUGAUUCUCGACCACUACUCGGAGCUUCUGGAAAAGGAGGGGGAGCUGAAGCACCUGCACGCCCGCGCGUACGGCGAGAUCCAGCUGCGGGAGGCGCUGCAGGACAUGCGAAAGUGGGCGCUCGAGGCUGUUUUCAGCCUCACGGCACCGACAGAGAGCGCCAGCAAGGUGCGCCUCAUUACGGACUGGAAGGAGAUUAUGACGCAGGUCAGCGACAACCAGGCCCUCGUGAACUCGCUCAAGGACAGCCCGUUCUUUGUGCACUUCGCCGACGAGGCGUCUGGUUGGGAAUCGAAGCUUGCUUCUCUCUCGCAGAGCCUCACGUUGCUGAACAGCAUUCAGCGUCGGUGGGCGUAUCUGGAGCCGAUCUUUGCCCGCGGCGCGUUGCCUCACGAGCAGGCCCGCUUCAAACGUGUGGACAAGGAGUUCGUCGGCAUCUUGCGCGAGGUCGAGGCGGAUCCGCGUGUGAUGUCUUUGGUAAACCAGACGGACGUGAAUGAGAAGCUGAAGGGCAUCCUCGAGCAGACGGAGCGGUGCCAAAAGUCCCUCAUGGAGUUCCUGGAGGCGAAGCGUGGCAAGCUGCCGCGCUUCUACUUCAUCAGCGACGAGGACCUUCUUGAGAUGCUCGGCCACAGCCAGAACCCGUCUGUAAUUCAGGUACAUCUCAAGAAACUCUUUAUGGGCAUCCACGCCGUCACCUUCAGCAGCGACAACACCAGCAUCACACACAUGAUUAGCGCCGAUGGAGAGGAGGUGGCGCUGCGCAGGCCGGUGGCGAUUACAGGCAGUGAUGUGGAAGACUGGCUUCUGGCACUGGAUGCGAGCAUGCAGGACACACUGCACGAGCUGCUCACCAGCUGCGUCAAGCAGCCAGACGCGACCACAAAGGACAGUGUCCUCACCUAUCCCUCGCAAAUCCUUCAGGUCGCGCAGGGCGUGCACUUCGCCCGCGAAGCCGAGAAGGCGAUCGCUGCGCAGUCCCUCAACGAGCUGCUGACGUCGCUCCGUCGUCGGCUCGACGGACUCGUCGCCAUGACACCAGAGCUGGACGCGUUGCAGGUGCUGAAAGUGAAGGCGCUUAUCCUCGACACGAUUCACAACAUUGAGGUUGUCGAGCUCCUCAUGAAGCGCAACGUCCGCCGUGUGGACGAGUGGUGGUGGAAGAAGCAGUUGCGGUACCGCAUGUCUACGGAUGGCACGCACCGCUGCACCGUCCACAUGGCCGACACGCAGUUCGACUACGCGUACGAGUACCAAGGCAACGCGGCGAAGCUGGUGUACACGCCGCUGACGGACCGCUGCUACCUCGUCCUCACAAAGGGCAUGGACCUGGGCUACGGCGGCAACCCCUACGGGCCCGCGGGCACCGGCAAGACAGAGUCUGUGAAGGCACUUGGCUCAGCGAUGGGUCGCCAGGUGCUUGUCUUCAACUGCGACGAGGGCAUCGACUUUAAGGCGAUGGGGCGAAUCUUCCUCGGCAUUGUCAAGUGCGGCGCGUGGGGCUGCUUCGACGAGUUCAACCGCCUCAAGCUCGAUCAGCUUUCCGCCAUCUCACAGAUGAUCCAGGUCAUUCAGCAGGCCCUCAAGAACAAGGAGCCGAGUUGCAUGCUGCUGAACAGUGAAAUCACGGUGAACACGAAUGCGGGCAUCUUCGUGACGUUGAACCCUGCUGGAAAAGGCUACGGCGGUCGGACGCGACUGCCGGACAACCUAAAGCAGCUCUUCCGCGAGGUGGCGAUGAGCGUGCCCGACAACGAGCUCAUCACGUCGACGGUGCUCUUCUCCGAGGGGUUCACGCAUGCGCGGGCGCUGGCCAAGAGCAUUGUUGCGCUCUACCGCCUCUCUGGGCAGCUCAUGAGUCGACAGCAGCACUACGACUGGGGCCUGCGUCCGCUGAAGGCAGUGCUGCGACUCGGCGGUACGCUGCUGCAGCGCUGGAGGAAGGAGAACGCCGGCGCCGCAGCAACUCGGUCGAUUGAGGAGGAGCUCAUCUUGCAGUCCCUGAACAUCAACACCAUCAGCAAGCUCACCUUCGACGACGCGCGAGUCUUUCAAGGACUGCUGCGCGACAUCUUCCCCGGCGUGGAGUCGCGGGACAUCACUUACAAAGAGCUGGAGGUGGCGGUGGCAAGUGCGGUCAAAGCACUGGGCCUGCAGCCGAUUCCCGCACAGCAGAAGAAGGUACUUCAGCUGUACGAGGCGCUGCAGCAGCGCACGGGAGUGGUGCUGGUGGGCCCCAGCGGCAGCGGCAAGAGUACCCUGCUCAGCAUCCUUCGCAAGGCUCUUCAGACGAUGCAGAUUGAGGUGCCCAUGCACGUCAUGAACCCCAAGGCGAUGACGCGGCGUUGCUUGCUCGGCUACAUGGACGCUGAUACACGGGAGUGGCACGACGGCGUCCUGACGGCGGCGGCGCGCGACGUUGUGAAGCAGCCGAAGGAGGCGCGACCGUGGGUGCUGUGCGAUGGCGACAUCGACCCGGAGUGGAUUGAGUCUCUCAACUCGGUGCUGGAUGAUAACAAGCUGCUGACGAUGCCGAACGGCGUGCGUAUCCAGUUUGGCGCCAACGUGAACUUUAUCUUCGAGACGCACAGCCUCGAGUAUGCGUCACCGGCGACGGUGUCGCGCAUGGGUGUGCUCUUCUUCUCCGAGAAGGACGUGCAGCUGGAGGCGGUGGUGGAGUCUGGCAUGGCGUUCAAGUCAGUGCAUACAAAGAGGGUGGUACAGCCACUCAUCCUCAAGUAUGUCUUUGCCGCUGUCGACGAGGCGCAGCGACUAAAUGACUUCCCUGUUGCCACGACGCGCAUGGGCCUGCUGCAGACGUGUCUGCUGCACGUGAUGCUAGCCAGGAAUGUGCAGGACUUCGCGUACUCGCUGGUGCGCGGCCUGUGCGGAUGCCUGAAUGCCAGCAGCGCGGCGAAGCUGGCGGGCUGGAUCUACACCACAAUGGGGCAGAAGCCCUGCUCCGACAGCCGCCCGUUCGACUCCUACUGGGACGACACGCUCAAGCGCGCUGUGGAGUUUACGGCAGACCUCUCGACCCCGGUGACCCCGGCCGAGCUGCUGGCGGGCCGCCCACCAGUGGUGCAGACGGUGGAGGUAAAGCGGCUCGUCUCCACGCUGCAGCCGCUCUUGGAUGAUAGCAGCUGCAAACCGUUUUUCGUUGUUGGGCCGGAGGGGUGCGGGAAGGGCGCCUUGCUCGGCUAUGUCUUCUCCACCCGGCCAACAUUGCGCACGACGACGAUCAACUGCAGCGCACAGACGGACUCCACGCACGUCAUUCAGAAGAUCGAGCAGGCGUGCGUCUUGGCAAACACCAAUGCCGGGCCCAUGUACCGUCCGCGCGAAGGGGAGCGGCUCGUCAUCAUUCUCAAGAGCGUGAAUCUGCCGAAGGCGGACAGGUACGGCACCGUGGAGCUGCACUCCUUUUUGCAGCAGCUUAUCCUCUACAACGGCUUCUACAACCAGGACCUCGAGUGGGUAGGGGUUGAACGCGUGCAGAUCGUCGCCAGCAUGAACCCUACUCCAUCGGCCGGCCGUUACCCGGUUACACCGCGGCUACUGGCGCUCGCCAGCAUCGUGACCGUAUCCUACCCAUCCAAGACGAGCCUUGUGCAGGUGUACGCCACGUACUGGGCGAGUCUGUUGCGGCAGACGAACAUUGGCCAAGGUAAAGACUAUGAAAAGGGCACGCAGCUGGCGCACUUCAUGCUGCAGGUAUACGACAAGGUGCGUCGCCAGUUUGAGGGUGAGGAGUACGCGCACUUCUCCUUCAGCCCCCGCCACCUUACCAAGUGGGUCACCAACGUACUCCUCUACCACAUCGACACCCGCACCACGCUGCCGGCGGUGCUCGCCUACGAGGCCAGCCGCAUCUUUACCGACUGCCUCCCGAGCGCCGAGGACCGUAGACAGGCGCUGCGGACCUUCUCGGAGCAGCUUGCCACUAUCGGCUACGCGAUGCCGGCAAAGGAGGAUCGCUUCACCACGAUGUUCGUCACUUGGUUUGACCCGGAGAACGGUGCCGCCGCCGUGGCUGAGACUGACGAGCAGGCGCUACCGACGACCGUCGCUGGCGAUGACGAGGGCAGGAAGACUGGCGAUGGUGCGAGAGCCAACAGGAGUGGCGGUGGUGACGCGGCUGGCAAAACUUCUGCCGCGGCGGCGACGAGCUGCCGUGCGGUGCUCAAGCUAGUGCAGAAGAGGUACAGCGACGUGCGGGACGAGGCAGAGCGCGGACUGCUGCAGUACAGCCGCGAGUUCAAGGAGCUCCACGUCCCUCUCAUCCCGGAAAUCUUGUGCUGGGUGACCUACGUCGACCGAGUGCUGGCCCGCCCGGGCGGCCACCUCAUCUUGGUUGGCAGCACCGGUGUCGGGCGGCGCAACGCCGUGCUUCUGGCGGCGCACCAGCAACGGCGCGAGGUGGUAUCGCUGAACAUGACGCACGACUACAACCUCAAGCAAUUCCGGCUUGACCUCCGCGGCUUCAUCCAGCGCGCCACGGUGCAGAAUACGCCGCUGGUCCUCCUCAUCGAGGAUCACAACAUUGUCAACGCGGCGUUUCUGGAGUAUGUGAACAGCCUGCUAAGCAGCGGCGAGGUCCCAGGGCUGUUCACACAAGAGGAGAUGGAGACAAUGUUCUCAUCGAUGCGUGACGACGCGGCCAACGAUGGUCACAUGGGGGCGAUUUACGCCUACUUUGUGGAGCGGCUGCAGCGCAACCUGCGCAUAGCCCUCAUCAUGGACCACCGUCACGAGCUCUUCAUGAUUCGUCUGCAUUCCAACCCAGCCCUCAUGAGCAAGUGUGAGCUGCUGUGGAUGGGGACGUGGAGUGGUGACAUGACCAAGACAAUCUGCAAGACAUAUCUGGCGGACGAAAUCGCCGCGCUCGAAUCGAACCCGACGAACAAAGGCUUCCACGUGCACCGCGAGAUCAACGCCAUUCACGAAGGCAUGGGUGUCCGCUCCACUCCGCAUGCUGUGCAGGUGCUGCUCAAAACAUUCCGCGCCAUCCUAGCCAGGAAGAGCAGCUCCAGCAAGGAUAAGAUGGGGCGGCUGGAGGCCGGCUUAGUGAAGCUGAAGGAGGCCGAGGAGAGUGUGGAAAAGGUAAAGAGGGACGUCGCGGAGAAGAAGAAGGAUGUCGAGAGGAUGCAGAAGGCGGCGGACAAGGCGCUGAACGAGAUCCAGUCCAGCAUGGAGGAGUCCCAGGAGCAGCGUGACGAGGCGGCCACCCUGCAGGAGCAUCUCAAGGAAGAGCAGACGUACAUUGCGAAGAGUCGCGGACAGGUGGAGGAGGAGCUUGGGAGUAUUAAGCCAAUGAUGGAAGCCGCGCGCGACGCCAUCAGCACCAUCCGCAGCGAGCAGCUCAACGAGAUCCGCUCCUUGCUAUCCCCGCCGGAGGCGAUCCGCGUCGUUCUCGAGGGCGUCCUAGCGUUGCUCGGUGUGAACGAUGUCUCGUGGCAGUCGAUGCGACAGUUCCUCGGUGAGCGUGGUGCGAAGCAGCGUAUUCUCGACUUCGAGGUCAAGAACAUGACCCCCGACAUCCGCCGCCGCGUCGAGAAGCUGCUGCGCGACCGCGCCUCCUUCUUCAAGGCCGAAACCAUUCAGCGCGCCUCGGUGGCCGCGGCGCCGAUGGCGGAGUGGGUCAAGGCGAUGGUGGAGUACUCAGCCAUCAUGGAGCGCAUCUCACCUCUGACGCAGCAGCUGGAGCAGCUGGAGACGAACCAGAAAGACGGCGCCGCCAAGCUCGAGCAUCUGCAGAAGAGGCUGAAGAAAAUCGAUACGAAAGUGAAGGAGCUGCGUGAGGGCUUCUCUGAGAAGUGUAAGGAGGCAGAGCGGCUCAGAGGUAAGCUGCAGGCUGCCGAGGAGGAACUGGCGAAGGCGAAAAGCCUACUGGACAAGUUGAAUGGCGAGAAGGGUCGAUGGGCCACCGAGGCGGCCGCGAUCCUGGAGGUGAACAACACGAUGCCGAAGCGUGCCCUGGUCGCCGCCGCCUUCCUGACCUACCUUGCCCAGGAGACGGAGGACGGCCGGCACCGCUUUCUGAAGAUGUGGUGCGACCGGCUGGGCUUCCCAGAUGUUGUUGAGGUGACGCACUUCCUUCGAACCGAAGGGGACCUCCUCCAGUACAAGUCCGAGGGUCUGUCGGCGGAUGGACUCAGUCUGGAGAACGCGGUGGUCAUGCUGGACGCGGAGCAGACGCCGCUCGUCGUCGACCCGGCGAGUAAGGCGGUUGAGUGGAUGCUGGAGCACCUGAAGAGGGCGAACACCGUUGUCGAAACGGUUUCACUGCACGAUGAACGCUUCACACACACGCUUGAGCUUGCCAUCCGCUUCGGGAAGACGCUGAUCGUCACGGAGGUGGCCGACAUCGCGCCUCUGCUCUACACCGUCCUGCGCCGCGACCUCAUGCCUGCUGGCGCGAAGCGAGUGGUGCAGGUGGGCAACAAAACAGUGGAGUGGCAUGACAACUUCCGAAUCAUGCUCUUCUCGCGGCAGUCGGAGCUGCGACUGUCCCCCAGUGCCGCGGCUCUGGUGACGGAGGUGAACUUCUCCGUGACGAGCCUCGGCCUCGAAGACCAGCUUCUUGGAGUCACGCUGCAACAGGAGCGGCCAGAGCUGGAGAAGCAAAAGGUGGAGCUGCUCAAAGAUGAGGAGAGUUUGCAGCUGCAGCUCAGUAAACUGGAGGAGCGUCUUCUCAGCGACCUCGCGGAGUCGCAGGGUGACUUGCUCGAGAACACGAAGCUCAUCAAGUCCCUCAACGAGGUUAAGGUGCAAGCCUACAAUAUCCAACAGUCCCUCGCGCGCUCGCACGAGCUGCAGGUGGAGCUGGAUGAGAAGCGCGAGGUGUACCGCCCCUUCGCGCACCAUGGGGCUCUUCUCUUCUUCAUCGUUCGCGACAUGGAGAUGCUCAACCACAUGUACCAGUACGGUAUCAACGACUACAUCACCCUCUUCACGCAGACGCUCAAGACCUACCAAGGCGACGACGAGGCGGGGGCAAAGGUGCAGGCUCUCAUCGCGAGCUUCACCAAGACCUGCUUCCACAGCGUGGCGCGCGGACUCCUCAAAAAGGACCGCAUCGCCUUCGGGCUCCACGUCCUGCACGGUCUCUGGCCAGCCGAGUAUCCGCAGGAUCUGUGGGGCGCGCUGGUGGGGACCAUCACCAACGUGAAGGCGGGCAAGGACUUGCAGUUGCCGAAGUGGGCGCCGCCUUCAAGCAGGAUCAAGUACGCCAGCAUCGUCUCCAGCGCGGCCGGACAGGCACUGGCGGAGAAGUGGCACGUGCUCGACCCGAGUCGGUGGGCCGCCGUCAUGAACCACGCCACACCGGAGCGCGAGUUGGGGCCACGUGCCGCGGGCAGCAACAUGGACGCGAGCGCGGCUGUGUCAGACAUGGAGAGGCUGCUGUGGAUCAACACAUUCCGUCCGGACCGUGCGUCCGCCACCGCGCUGCAGAUCAUCCUGCGCAAGCUGGAGCUGGCGUCGCUAGCCCCUGUUAUAUCCCUCGAGAGUACGAUCCUCAGCAACAGCGCUACCGCCCCGAUUCUGCUGAUCACCUCGAGUGGCGCCGACCCGAGCAUGGAGAUACAGGAUGUGGCAACGCAACUCGUGGGCAAGGAGCGCUUUGUGCAGCUUGCACUUGGUGGUGGCCAGACAGACAACGCGCUGCAGCUGGUGCGGCGCUGCGCCGUGCAGGGCGACUGGCUGCUGCUCAAGAACCUCCACCUCGUUCUGGACUGGGCCUCCGUGCUCGAGAACGAGCUGUGCUCGAUGCCCCCGCCGAACACGAGCUUCCGCCUCCUCCUCACCACCGAGCCGCACGACCUCUUUCCCAGCGUGCUGUUGCGCAUGUCGAACAAAGUUACUGUGGAGGCGCCGCCAGGGGUGAAGCAGAACCUGCUGCGCACCUACAGCCUCUGGGACGGCGCGUUUCUCGCGGCACAGUCGCACGCCGGCGCGCGACUUCUCUUCGGACUCGCCUGGUUCCACGCUGUGGUGCAGGAGCGCCGGACAUAUGUGCCGCAGGGCUGGUCCCAAUGCUAUGAGUUCUCGCCGGCUGACCUGAAGGCGGCGACGAAUGUGCUGACAAGCUUGGCAAAGGAGCCGCAGCUUGACUGGGUGACGCUCACUGGCUUUCUCGAAACCUGUCUCUACGGCGGCCGCCUCGAGAACGCGGAGGAUGAGAGGGUGCUGCAGCUCCUCAUCCAGACGUACUUCAACGAGGGCGUGCUGUUCAAGGAGACGUCGCCACUGUUUUCCGGCGUGACGGCCGCGCACGCCGGCGACCACGACAAGAUGGUGGCAGUGCUGCAGGCGAACAUGCCCGACGUCGACCCGCCGGCACUGCUCUGCAUGUGCGACAACGCGGACCGCACCGUGCAGGAGGACGCGGCACACGCCACGCGCGAGUCGCUCCGUGAGCUUUGCAAGAAGGAAAGCACGGCGGAGACGAGCGGCGAGAAGUGGCGAGAGCGGCUGAGGCAAGUGAUGGAGGUGUGGAAGGGCAGUGGCAUUGCGGCGAAUGGCGUUCCGCAGACGGUGUCGAGUCCCACGCGUGACCCAGAGCCGAUGGAGAUCUUCUUCAUCAGCGAGGUGAACUUGCUCACCGCCCUCAUCAAGGACCUGUCAGCCUUCUUUGAUACGUUGCACGGCGUGGCGGAGGGGACCAUCAUCCCUGACGCGGAGGUGCGUGCGGAGGCGACCGAGCUGAUGAGUGGUCGUAUGCCAAGCCGCUGGCUGGACCGCAUGGACGGUCCACAGGAGGCAAAGAUGUGGCUCGCGCUGCUGUGGCGCAAGUACAACACGACGCGCGACCUCGCGAAGGCGCCGUUCAGCACGACGGCGACGUACGACCUCUCAUCGCUACUGCGGCCGCAGACCUUUUUCAACGCGCUGCGGCAGCAUACGGCGCGGGUGGCAAAGGCGCCCCUCACGGAUCUUGUCUUGGAAGCCACAAUGAACAAUGUGACGCACGGGAGCGUCACAAUCAAGGUGGCGGCGAAGAGUCUGGUGAUGCAGGGCGCGGCGCUCACGGGCGACGGCUGCCUCACGACUGUGCAGGGCAACUCACCGUCCUGCGUGCAGCUCAGUGUAGACAUCGCGGUCAGCUGGGUGCCAGUGGGGAAGGUGAAGCACUCCAGUCAAAGUGUUGUCAUCCCAGUCUAUGCGGACGCAGAGCGCCACACGAGGAUCUUCUCGCUGCGUGUGAAGUGCGCCGGCGAGGCGGAGGCGACCAAGGCGGCGCUCAACGGUGUUGCGUGCUACUUGGUGAAUCUGUAG